CUGGACAAUCUCCGCGGCGACAUCUUCGGAGGCCUGACCUGUACGGUAGUCGGCCUGCCGGUGGCGCUGGCAUUCGGCGUGGCGUCCGGCCUGGGCCCGACCGCCGGCAUGUAUGGCGCGAUAGCCGUCGGGUUCUUCGCGUCGGUAUUCGGCGGGACGCGGUCGCAGAUAUCGGGUCCGACGGGGCCCAUGGCAAUCGCGAUGGCGGUGAUCGUAACCAGCCACGCGAACACCCUGGCGGAAGCGUUCACCAUCGUGAUGCUGGCCGGCUUUUUGCAGGCGGCGCUGGGCCUCGCCCGAAUCGGACGGUUCGUGGCGUACACGCCGUACUCGGUGAUUUCGGGGUUCAUGACGGGGAUCGGCGUGAUCAUCAUGAUCGUGCAGAUCGCGCCGUUCCUGGGGUCGCCGGUGGCCGUGGGCGGCGUGAUCGGCGCGGUCAAUUCGCUGGAAAACGCGGUGACCAACGUCAACUUCCACGCGCUGGCGGUGGCGGCCGUGACGCUGGUGGUGGGAAUCCUGUGGCCGCGGCCAUUCCGGAAGAUCCUGCCGGCUCCGCUGGCGGCGAUGAUCGUGGGCUGUGCGCUGGGGAUCCUGUGGCUGAACGACCUGCCGAUCAUCGGGGAGGUGCCGACCGGGUUGCCGGACCUGCAGUUCCCGGCGUUCUCGGUGGGGUUCAUCCUGAACGCGCUGCAGCCGGCGCUGGUACUGGCCCUGCUGGGAUCCAUCGACAGCCUGCUGACGUCACUGAUCGCGGACUCGCUGACGCGAACGCGGCACAACCCCAACCGGGAGCUGAUCGGGCAGGGCAUCGGCAACAUGAUUGCCGGGGCUGGUCGGCGGACUGCCGGGAGCGGGAGCGACCCUGGGAACCGUGGUGAACAUCCGGUCCGGCGGCAACACGCAACUGUCUGGCGCGAUCCGCGCGGGGGUGCUGCUGGCGCUGGUGCUGGGUCUGGGCCGGUACGUGGAGGCGAUACCCCACGCAGUGCUGGCCGGAAUCCUGAUGAAGGUGGGCUGGGACAUCAUGGACUGGCGGUUCGUGAAGCGGGUACACCAACUGCCGCGGGAGCACCUGCUGGUGAUGGUGAUAACCUUUUGCGCUGA